CCCAGGCUGCACCGCGACAGAAAAUGGCCGUGCUGCUGUAGAGGAUUUUCCGAAGGGCGUAGCUGCUGUGGGCCUUGUGCGACGCGUUCCUUUGCCCCGUCCAUGAGGCACCUCAGGCCCUGCUGCUAGUGCCGGCGUCGACGUAGUGCUCGGGGCGGUCUGUGGGCCUCCUUGCAUGCCGGGGAGGAAGAGCAGAGGGAGAUAAAAAGCAAGGGAAAAGACCGAGGAAGAAAGGGGGCUUUCGAUCGGGAUCCACCCAGCGGCUCACACAGCUGACUUUGUCCAGGGAAGCGGCUGGGGAGGGAAAGGACCCCCAGCGAGAGGAAGGACGUCCCCCUCGCCCGGACCAAUGACGGACCAAGGGAGGCCUCGGCGCAGAGAUUAAGUGGUAAAAGUGCGAGGGAAAAGGGGCCACCAUGUCGGGCGAGGACGUGGAAAAGGGUAAUGAGGACUCCAUCAAGGUGGUGGCUCGGUUCCGGCCACUGAAUGACUCUGAGGAACGGGCUGGGUCCAAAUUCAUUGUCACAUUCCCACACAGCAAAGAUGACUCGCAAGUCAGUAUAGGGGGUAAAGUCUAUCAGUUUGAUAGCAUUUUAAAACCAAAUGUUACUCAAGAAAAGGUAUAUAAUACAGCAGCCAGAGACAUUGUUAAAGAUGUCCUCAACGGCUACAAUGGAACCAUAUUCGCCUAUGGUCAGACCUCUUCGGGAAAGACCCAUACGAUGGAAGGUGUCAUUGGUGAUCCAAAUCUUCAGGGCAUCAUACCUCGCAUCAUCAGUGAUAUCUUCAAUCAUAUCUAUAACAUGGAAGAGAAUCUGGAGUUCCACAUUAAAGUUUCCUACUUCGAAAUCUAUAUGGACAAGAUCCGGGAUCUCUUAGACGUGUCGAAAGUGAAUCUGGCUGUGCAUGAAGACAAAAACCGGGUACCUUUUGUGAAGGGCGCAACCGAACGCUUCGUGUCGUCUCCUGAGGAAGUUUUUGAAGUCAUUGAAAUGGGCAAGAGUAAUCGUCAUGUAGCAGUUACAAACAUGAAUGAACACAGUUCAAGAAGUCACAGUGUCUUCUUGAUUCAAGUGAAACAAGAGAACAUUGAGUCUCAGAAGAAACUUCUUGGAAAACUGUACCUUGUGGAUUUGGCUGGUAGUGAGAAGGUUAGCAAGACUGGAGCUGAAGGUUCAGUUUUGGAUGAAGCCAAGAACAUCAACAAAUCGCUCUCAGCUCUUGGUAAUGUGAUCUCCGCUCUCGCCGACAACACCAAAACCCACAUCCCCUAUCGAGAUUCCAAGUUGACUCGUAUCCUUCAGGAAUCUCUUGGAGGCAAUGCCCGAACUACCAUCGUCAUCUGCUGCUCCCCUGCAUCCUUCAACGAGGCAGAAACCAAGUCCACUCUUGACUUUGGUCGAAGAGCUAAGACUGUGAAGAAUGUUGUAACUGUCAAUGAAGAACUGACAGCCGAGGAGUGGAAGCGUCGCUAUGAGAAGGAGAAGGAAAAGGUGACUAAGCUCAAGGCCCAGUUGGAAAAGAUGGAACUUGAGCUGGGAAGAUGGCGUGCUGGUGAAUCCGUCAGCUCGGAUGAGCAAGUGACUAUUGACAUGGAGGCCUCGUCUACUUCACAACAACUUAGCCAGAUUCUUGUACCCACGACUGUAGCAGUUGAUGGCGAUGCAGCCGAAUGGGCAAGAGAAAGAGAACGUUUGUACCAAAAUCUUGAUGAGAAGGAUGACGAGAUCAACCACCAGUCGCAGCUCGUUGAAAAGUUGAAGGAACAAAUGCUUGAGCAAGAAGAGCUAAUAUCAUCAACAAGACGUGAUUACGAGUUGCUGCAGUCGGAAAUGACCCGACUCACAGACGAGAACGAGAAAGCCAAGGAGGAAGUCAAGGAAGUGCUUCAGGCCCUCGAGGAACUUGCCGUCAACUAUGACCAAAAAACAGAAGAGGUUGAACGCAAGAGCAAAGAGAAUGAAUCGCUCUCAGAAGAAAUUGUUCAGAAACAGACAUCGCUGAAUUCAGCCACAUCAGAGCUACAAAGUGUAAAGGAUUCACAGCUCCAUCAAAAGAAGCGUAUUAAUGAGAUGUUGGUGUCACUUCUGAAAGACUUGAAUGAAGUUGGGACCAUCAUCGGAACGUCUAAUGAUGCAAUGAAGAACUUGGGAGAUGUUGAGGGUAAAGUAGAAGAGGAGUUCACAGUAGCAAGGCUGUACAUAUCCAAAAUGCGCUCAGAGGUCAAGAAUUUGGCACAACGGUGUUCCACUCUGGAGACCGCACAGUCUACCUUCCGCGGGCAGAUCGAUGAGCGCGAGAAGGAACUAAAUGAAUGCAAACUGCUGAUCACUCAACAUGAAGCCAAGAUGAAGAGCCUCUCGCAGUCCAUGAAGGACGGCGAGAGCAAGAAGCGAUCUCUCGAGGAACAGGUUGAUUCCCUGAACGAGGAGGUUGCUCGUCUGAAGGCCGUGUCUAAAGUGUCUGAACAAGAUGGACACAUCAAGGAAGUCUUGGAGAAACAGAUUGAUGAGCACAGAGAACAGCAUCAGAAACAGUUGACUACCUUGAGAGACGAGAUUCUUGAGAAGCAGCAACAGAUUGAUAACUUGAAGGACGAGAACCAGAAGCUGACCGUCACAGAGGAGCAAGUGAAGGCAGAGUACGAGAAGCUCAAGGCUGAGGUUGUUGAAAAGACGGAGAAGUUGAAUGAGCUGACAACCAUUCACGAGCGCAAGGAGCAAGCCCGCCAGGAUCUCAAGGGGCUGGAAGAAACUGUGGCCAAGGAGUUGCAGACAUUGCACAAUUUGCGCAAACUCUUCGUGCAAGACCUGCAGACCCGGGUGAAGAAAUCUGCUUCCGGCGAGGAGACGGAUGAGUCAGGUGGAUCACUUGCCCAGAAGCAGAAGAUCCAGUUUUUGGAGAACAAUCUAGAUCAACUUACCAAAGUGCACAAACAGUUGGUCAGAGAUAAUGCUGACCUUCGUUGUGAACUUCCCAAGCUUGAGAAGAGAUUGAGAGCCACGAUGGAGCGAGUAAAGGCACUUGAAACUGCCCUGAAAGAGGCCAAGGAGGGAGCCAUGAAGGACCGCAAGAGAUAUCAACAAGAAGUCGACAGAAUCAAAGAAGCUGUCAGGCAGAAGAACCUAGCACGCAGAGGCAACGCAGCUCAAAUAGCCAAACCUAUUCGGGCUGGCCACGCCCCUCAAGUGAACCAUGCUAGCACUCCUGUGAUUCGUGGUGGCAUGCAGCCCUACCAGCCCCCAGCUGUCCAGAAGAGGGCCAUGACCAGUAGUGCACACAUGGGUAGAUAACUCCAAUUAAAUUCGAGCCAGUCUUCAAGUUCCUUCAAUGGAAAUGAUCCCCAAGUUACGUUAAGCUACUGCUGGGUCCUCUCUUGAUCUAUUCUUUUACCAACUCAAUCUAAAACCACUCAUUCUAGUGCACCCUCCAUUGAUCUAGCUAGGAAAACUGCUUAGGGAGAAGUUAAUGAGUUCAUGUUUAGAGCCUUGGAUCAUUAAUUGUGUUGAAUGUCUUUUUGCAGAUGUAUUUUUCCAUGGCAUUAAGCUUUUGUAACUCUCUUGGAAGAGGAAGCAAUACAAAGAAGUGUACUCCACAUCCGAGUGCAGUUUGAUAUGCUGUUCGUUUUGUCUUUGCCUUGUAUGUAAUAAGUUGAUUGGCGUUCUUAUUGUGUUUCAUUACUUCAUGAUUGUUUUGAAAAAUUCGAAAUUUCUUUAUCAGAAGUACAAAGCAAGGCUUAGGAUUGGUGAAUCAUUACCAUCUCCCAAAAUCCCUCAAUUUCUGCCUAUCUGACUGUAUUCUAAGAGUCCAAACGAAAAAGCUUCUAGGCAAAGUAGUAGAGCACAAAGUGAGGGACACCGCUGAUUGGUUGUUGAAGAAGAGUGUUGUGCAGGCUUCCUCUGGAGUAAAAAAAAUAAAAUAAAAAGGAAAAAAAAAAGAAAAACAGUUAACAAAAAGAAAGGUUCAGGUGUUGAAGCUUGCUGUAGCAAAACAGGGAAGAAAAAUACCUUCAUGGAUUAUAAAAGAGUUGUCCAGGUAUUAUGAUAAUAGGUAUUUGUAAUAACAGCAGUGUUGCUGGAUAUAUAUUUGUGUAUGUUAAUGGAACAUCAGAGAAAAAAAAAAGCUUUAAGAGGGUUGGGCAUGGCUGUCAUACUUCAAAUUUGCUUUAAACUACAAUUGUGCAAUGUCUCCUCAUUUUAUAUUAUUGAGAUAUACUGUAAUAAAAUCCUGAACAUAUGUUUGUACUAUACUGUAAAGUCUCGUUUCAAAUCAUUUAUUUAAAUGUUUUGGGAGAGGAAUACAACAAAAGAGCAAACUGUAUUGAUAUCAGUAUUUAUGAAGCUUUGGCAGCUCGUCAGUGAAAAAGUUUCUUAGCAUUGGCACUUAGGAAUUACUUGAUUUGUUUCAUCAUUGGUUUAAUGGGACCUUUUAUUUUUUAUCAUUGAUUUAUAAGAAAUUUUAAUGUGAUUUUGCUGCUGAGUUCUCAUAAUAGCUGAAUAGAUUCCACUGAAAAAUUUUAUUUGCUGCUUUAGUAAUCGUUCAGUAUGUUUCUUUACUUCAUUUCUUUUCUUUUCAAAAAACAACAUAGGUUUUAAUUUUGUGGGAUUCUGAUAUUUUGGAUCUUGAGAUAGACAGAUAAGAUGAAUGUAGCAGGUGAAACUUUUUUUAGUUUUAGUUUUUAUUUGCGCUGAUAGACUAGAAAUUAGUGAUUAUUUGAGGCAUUUACUUUUGAUAUGACGCUGUUGCCUAAUGCAUUUGGGAAAUGAUAUUGUUUUCAAUCCCACAAGAUUAGAUGGGCAAUACCAUCAAGUACAUAAACCUCAUAUAGGCUAUGUCUUAUUCAGAGAGGAUGUUUUAUCUAGAUGGUUGAUUGAUGAUAAAAGCUUAUAUGAAUUCUCUGAAUAAAGUUUAUGACUAUAUAGUUGCUUAUUUGAAAUACAAUAGUCUCAAGUCACCAUUUGUUACGUCCCUCACCUGUAGUCCAGCCUUCACUUCUUCGGUUAGGUUGAGUGAUCUCUCAGCUUGAAUAUGGAAUACGAGAGGUUCUACAGUGCCCUUAUCACUUUUUUGUAUUAGAUGUAAAGUUAGUCAGUGGAAGUUUUUUUCAUUAUCUGAUUUAAGUCCAUUCCUGGUGGAGAAUGUUUUAUUAUUUAAUUUGGCUAAUUUAUUUAUUCUUAUUUUACUUGUGUAGUACGAGAGCAGCUACAUUUAGUUGAUCCUACUAUUGAUAUACUAUUUAUCCUUGACAAGAGUUAAAGCACUCCAAGGUUAUAGAUCAGGUUGGCACAUCACAACUCUCAGCUCAUCUAUGAACACUCUACCUUGCUGCCAAAACAAAAAAGUUCUUUUUUUACCUCACAUAUCAAACUUAACCCCUUAGUGUGUAUUGUACCCAACUGUAUACAUGCAUAGUGCCAGGGUGGCCCAGUAUGAUUACAUCAUUACAACUCUGCUUAUACAGAGGUAUUAAUGUAGGGUAAACAAUACCAGUUUAGUGGGAAGGUUUCCUCCUACUCUGCCGUAUUCUUUUAUCGAAGAAUAUUGUUAGAGUAUCUUUGUCUUUACCUACCAAACAUGACUUCCAGAUGCUUAUUAAAUGGCAUACAUUCUCUUGUAUACUUUGUAAUUGUUACCAUGAAUAUCUUGGUAUGCCAAAUUGAAAGCCAUAGAUCAUUGAUAUUUCAAUAGGGGCUUGCAAGGUUGACUGAGUAAAUAGGUGACAUCGUGUGGAGAUGCACAGAGCUUCAAGCUGCCUGAAACCAAGGAAAGUUGGUGCCACCACAUAAUCAUUGACUCUGGAAUAAUCUCUAUUUUAGCUUAUUUCUAUAGCUGCUAGAAACCUCAAUUCAUGAAUUUGGAUCUGCAUCUGAAAACUUUCAGGUCAGUGGGAACAUGUGGAGGAAAGAAGGCAAUGCCCAGAAUAUGCAAGAUUCGUAAAUUAUUGCACUAAAUUUGCUGCCUCAGCUUUAUAUGCUUGUACUAUGAAAAGGUACCACAGUAAAAUCACUAAUAAAUGUGCCUUGUUUCAUUUAUACAUGAUGGAUGUAGUAGAGAAGGAUUGCUAAGUAGAAUGACAAGCAUGAUAUACUCAAGAUUAUAGGAUACUGCACACCUCAGAUGACAUAUCAGGAUAUUUAGUAGGAUUGUCAGUUACAAUUAAAAACAAAUCAGUUGA